CGCGCGCUUUCGUGUGAGAGAGAACGCAACACAGUUUUAUUUUUCAAACACGGAACGCGCGCGGUAAUGAGGGCAUUAAGCGCGAGCUCCAGCUGACAGAAGAACUUGCGCCACCGUUCGUUCCCACACCAACUUUUCACCUCCGUAACACCCGAAGCCCGCGCAUGGAUGUGCAGUUGACUAAUGACCAGGACUCCGAGAGCUGAGCCUGCGUGGUUUGCCGUGAUAACUCCGAGAGCGCGGCUUUCUCGUGACAGUGUGUGUGUGUUAAAGCGAGUUCUUCCCCGCGGAUGGGUUUCGGCUGGUGAUUUGCGUCCGGUUUAUGUUCACUCAACACGGGACUAGUGUUCUCUAGGAACGGUGCGAUGAGGCUGCUCUGCUGGAGCGUUCUGCUGCUCAUCCAAUGGAUCCUGAGGAAGGCGCACGGCUUGGAGAAACAGAUGGGCAAAUCUCUGGAUUACCUGGAGCAGGGCCCGUCCGGCACAGUCUUCAAGAGCCUCCCGCCGGGGUCAGGGGUCGUCAAACCCCCGUACCAAACGUCCAGGAUAUUCUCCACGAUGGACCACGCGCCCGUCAAACCCAAACCGCCCACGUUCAGCUUCCAGAACCCGUACGAAUGGGCCCGCAACCAGUCCCAACUCAUGGAGCAAACAGGCUACCGACCCAAACGCAAGCCUUCCCUCAAAACCUCCAUGAAAACUAAAAAGAUCUUCGGCUGGGGCGACUUCUACUUCAACGUCAAGACGCUCAAGUUCAGCCUUCUGGUGACCGGGAAAAUCGUGGAUCACGUCAACGGGACGUUCACCGUCUACUUUCGCCACAACUCCUCGAGUCUCGGGAACGUGUCGGUCAGCAUCGUCCCUCCAUCUAAAGUGGUCGAGUUCGAGGUUCUCCAACAGCAAAGCCCGAUUCAUCCUGAGAUCCAGUUCCACCCGCCGCAACAAUCCACGAUUGACCCCAAAGACAUCAAAACCUUCAAUUGCCGAGUCGAGUACGAAAAAACUGAUCGCUCCAAGAAGCCCAAACCCUGCCUGUACGACCCGUCGCAAACCUGCUUCACCGAGAACACGCAGUCGUACUCGUCCUGGCUCUGCGCCAAACCCUUCAAGGUCAUCUGCAUCUUCAUCUCCUUCUUCAGCAUCGAUUACAAGCUGGUGCAGAAGGUCUGUCCGGACUACAACUUUCAGAGCGAACAUCCGUACCUCGGAUGAAGCGGACGUGCUUUCCGCUGAUUUUUUUCCUUCUAAGUUUUCUUUGUAUAUAGAAAGAACAACCCUUAUCCGUUCAGUUCUUAAAGGGAUA